AUGGCUGGCCAAAAGACUGCGAUUCUGUCUGUAUACGACAAGACGGGCCUCCUUGACCUGGCCAAGGGCCUGCACGACAAUGGCGUCCGUCUGCUUGCCUCCGGAGGCACCGCGAAGAUGAUCCGCCAGGCAAACUUCCCCGUCGAAGAUGUCUCCGCUAUCACCCAGGCACCCGAGAUGUUGGGCGGCCGCGUCAAGACACUGCACCCUGCCGUCCACGGAGGCAUACUUGCCCGCAACCUCGAGUCGGACGAGUCGGAUCUCUCCAAGAACAGCAUCGACAAGAUCGACUACGUUAUCUGCAACCUAUACCCCUUCUCCGAGACGGUCGCGCGCAUCAACGUUACCAUCCCGGAGGCUGUCGAGGAGAUUGACAUUGGUGGUGUCACUCUGUUGCGUGCUGCUGCGAAGAACCAUGCGCGGGUCACCAUCAUUAGCGAUCCCAAGGAUUACCAUGACUUCCUCACCGAGCUCAAGGACAACGGCGAGGUCACGGAGAAGAGCAGGCAGCGGUACGCGCUCAAGGCGUUCGAGCAGACUGCUGGAUACGACAGCGCCAUCUCCGACUUCUUCCGCAAGAAGUACGCCGGCGAGGGCGAGCAGCAAUUGCCUCUUCGAUACGGUGCAAACCCACACCAGAAGCCUGCCACAGUCUACGCGCAGGAAUCACAGCUGCCCUUCAAGGUGCUGUGCGGUGCUCCGGGAUACAUCAACCUACUCGAUGCGCUCAACGCAUGGCCAUUGGUGCAGGAGCUCAGCAAGGCGCUCAACUACCCGGCGGCUGCCAGCUUCAAGCACGUCUCCCCCGCUGGUGCCGCCAUUGGUGUUGAACUCAGCGAGGAGGAGAGGAAGGUAUACAUGGUCGACGACAUCGAGGGCAUCGAGAAGUCGCAAUUGGCUCAGGCCUACGCGAGGGCACGAGGCGCCGACCGCAUGUCCAGCUUUGGAGACAUGAUCGCCCUAUCUCACGAAGUUGAUUUGCCCACCGCAAAGAUCAUCAGCCGAGAAGUGUCCGACGGUGUCAUCGCGCCCAAGUACACCGAGGAGGCUCUUGAGAUCCUCAAGAAGAAGAAGGGCGGAAAGUACCUCGUGCUCCAGAUGGACCCUGACUUCGAGCCCGGUCCGAUUGAGACGAGGACGGUGUACGGCGUGAACCUUCAGCAGCACCGCAACGAUGCGAAGAUUGUUCCUGCAGAGACAUUCAACACGGUCAUUGUGCCUAAAAACUCAAGCCCUCUGCCUGAGUCUGCGCUGCGGGAUCUCACUGUUGCCACCAUUGCGCUCAAGUACACACAAUCAAACAGUGUGUGCUAUGCGCUCAACGGCCAGGUCAUUGGACUUGGUGCCGGUCAACAAUCACGAAUCCACUGCACCCGCCUCGCCGGCGACAAAGCCGACAACUGGUGGAUGCGCUUCCACAGCCGCACCCUCAACCUCCAAUGGAAGAAGGGCACCAAGCGUCCCUCCAAGUCCAACGCCAUCGACCUCCUCUGCAGCGGCCUCAUCCCCGACUCCGGCAUCGAGCGCGAAGACUUCGACGCCCACUUCGAAGAGGGCCAGGUGCCGCAGCCGUUCUCCGCCGAGGAGCGCAAGGAGUGGCUCGGCAAGCUUGAGGGCGUGGCCGUCAGCUCUGACGCUUUCUUCCCAUUCAUCGACAACGUCUUCAGGGCGGCGAGGAGCGGCGCUAAGUACAUCGCUGCGCCGACGGGUAGCCAGAACGAUGGCGCUGUCAUGGACACGGCGGACAAGCUGGGCAUUACGUUUGUGGAGCAGCACAUUCGGUUGUUCCACCAUUAG